UGCCCAUUCCUGCCGGCGUUCGCUCUCAACAGUCUCAACUCCAACAGUCACGACUCACGACGUCUCAUCGCACAGUGUCGCCGAUCAAAAUGUAUUCGGCCAUGUAUAUUUCCAAUUUCGACAGCGACGAGGAGAAUUAUCCGUAUUACGAUAGUGGCGUUGGCUACGAUAACAACAACAGCAGUAGCAGUAGUAGUACGCAGAAUUCACAGUCGCCUCGUGUAUACGAAUUCGGCAAGUUCGAGGAAAACUAUGGCUGGAUUCAAUGCCAAUCCAAAAGCUUUCCCAACCGCGUGUACUACCACAACACGCGGACUGGUUGCAACACGUGGUACAGACCUGUUUCGCAUAUUAUGGACAUCCCAUUCGUCUCUGUUAGAAGGGUAAAUUACACGGACGAUACUGCGGAAUCGACGAACGAUUUGGAAUUGAUGUCAGUAUCAGACGAUGAGAAAGAGAAACAAAUUUUUGCACGCGAUGGCAACAAAUCGUUGAUCGAUGCCAUGGAUAUCAUGGCGCGAUAUUACUACACUCCCCAGAUUCCUGAUGCUGAUGAUGACUCGUCCAAUGUGACGGACGGGAGUGACUGUUACAAGGAAAAGAACCAAUACAUAGAUGACGAGAACAACAACAUAAACGAUUCGCCAUUGUACGCCAUGAAUUUUCUCGAGAAUGAAUUUUUCGAGGAUACCGAGGAGAAGACUAAUCAAAUAUUGGAGGAGAAGACUAAUCACAUAUUGGACUCGUUGAGCGAUAACACUUCGGACAUAUCUUCCUUCCCAACGGAACCCGUCAUGUAUGGCGUACCGCGUUUGAAGAAGAUCGACGUUGAAUGCCAAUUGAUCAAGCCAAAAAGAACGUACGUCACUAGCAGUCGGAAAAAGCCAGGACCCAAGAAGAUCGUAAGCGACAUGUACGGCAUACGGACCAUCAGUUACAAUCUGCCUGAACCGAAUGAGGUAUGCGCGGCGAUGGGAGUGAAAAUAUCAACGUUGAGCGAUAGCGACAGCGACGCAAGCAUAUUAUCCUCACCGUCGCGACGGACGAAAACGACGCUGCCGUUCGAGUCCGAGUGGCGCGAUAUAGAGAAGAACUUGCAUCAACCGUUACUGAGCGACUCAAGUUCCAGUUCGUCGUCACGGUCCGAUACAACCAGCUCCAGCUCCAGCUCUAGCUCUAGCUCGAAUCAAAAUAGCGACUCCAGUUCCAGCUCCAGCUCUUGCUCGUGUUCUUCAUGCGACAGAAGUGCUUGA